AUUUGUUUACAAAAUAUACAAGCUAGCAAUUAUUGACAAAUUCUUGGAAGCAAAAUUAAAUUUGAAAUGCUUAAAAACAUGUGUAGAACUUGCGGCCGAGAUGCCGUGUACAGAAAAUCAUUAAAAAUAUUUGAUGAUCUAACUAUAUUAUGGAAUCUUCAGCAAUUGACAGGUCUUAUGUUGGAAGAAGUGGACUGCCUACCGCAUCUUAUAUGUAUAUGCUGUGAGACCGAGUUGCGGGAGGCCAUUCGUUUUCGUGACAGAAUCCUCGAAGCACAGCAAGAAUUUCUCGCGGGAUUAACUGAGCAACAAAUACAGGAAAUACCCGAGGAGUAUAAAACAGCAUUAACAGUGCUGAUUGAAAAUAAACACCAAAUAUUAGAAAAUUCGAAUACAAGUUGUAUGAAAGCGGAUUCAGGUGAAGCUGCUUUAAUAGAGACCAUCAGUGAAGAUCUACCAGAAACAGAAGAGACUGCUCCAAAUGCUGAAGAGCUUAUGGAAUAUGAUAUUAUUAUAAAUGAGGAGAUACUUGACGAACAUGACGAGGUAGAAAGCCAAGAGACUAAAGAAUUUAGUACUGAUCAUCCAUCAAGGGAUGAUGAUGAGGAAGUCCAAACAGCGUUGAUAGCUGCAAUUGAUACGGACGAAGAUAUAGAAACCCUAGACAAGGUGUUGAGUGAUGAGUUGCCGAUAAAUAAUAAUACGAACAAAAAGAAAUCUCAGAAGAAACGAGCUUCGAGUCUUAUGUAUAUAUGUGAAGAAUGUGGUAAUCAUAUAUCUGGUCGAUUGGCCUUUGAACUGCACUGUCGACGGCAUCGUGGAGACAAGCAGUUUGAAUGCGAUAUCUGCCAGGACCGAUUUUGCACUAGCUCUGAACUCAAGCGCCAUAUGCGUCGUCAUACAGGAGAGCGUCCGUUUGCAUGCCAGUAUUGUAAUCGCUGCUUUACAGAUUACAGUACAAGAGUAAAGCACGAGCGUACACAUACUAAUGAAAGACCUUAUGUAUGUAAGAAUUGCGGCAAGGCCUUUACUACGGCAUAUAUUCUUAAAAAUCAUAUGCUUAUACAUUCUGGAGAGCGCGCCUUUAGAUGCGAGCCUUGCGACAAAUCCUUUAUAAGGCAAACACAUUUGGAUACUCACUAUCGGUCCAGCGCACAUAAGCGUAACAUUGGCCGACAAAGUCAGGAACAAAAAAGCUGAAAUGAAACGUGUUUAUUAUUUGUAUUACUUUCAUUAUAUAAGUGCAACAAAUUUUCGAAAAUACCCAAGUUAAGC